GCAUGUGUGUGAGCGUCACAGUCGCUUCACGCGCUCGAUGGACGACGGCGUCAGAGAGCUGCUGAACGUUGGACACACUCACUGGAAACGCUGCACUGGACCGCUGCCUAAAGAGUACGAGCGGAUCGGUCGAGCCUUCAGGAGUCUGUCGGCCGUGUUCAGCAGCAGUGAAUAUCCAGGAGAGGAGACGCUGACUGACGCUCUGACGGUGGCGGGAAAAACCUACGAGGAGAUCGCCGAGAUCGUUGCUCAGCAGCCUCAGAAGGACCUUCACUUCCUGCUGGAGACCAACAGCGAGUACAAAGGCAUGCUGGGAUGUUUCCCCGAAAUCAUCUCUGUGCACAAGGCGGCGGUGGAGAAGGUGAAGGAAGCCGACCGUCUGAUUUCUGCCGGAAAAAUCAACAACAACGACAAGAAGAGCAUGAACCACCGACUGAGCUGCAUGAGCUACUCUCUGCAGGCUGAGAUGAAUCAUUUCCAUAGCAACCGUAUCUACGACUACAACAGAGUGAUGCAGCAUUACCUGGAGCAGCAGGUGGCCUUCUACCAGCAGAUCGCCGACAAGCUGCGCGGCGCUCUGAGCCGGUUCGCCACGCUGUGAGGAUGACAUCAUCGCUGUGGGGAUGACAUCAUCAUUCGCUGUCACACUGUUAACAAAAUAAAAGCCCAUUAUGUUACAGCAGAAACUUUUUCAUAAAUGAGCCAAAAUCUUCAUAUUUAAUCUGAUUCAUUAUUUAAAACACAUUUUCUUCUGUUUUUCAUGUUUUAACUGUUUUUGACUCAUUAAAUUACCUUUUUACCUCUUUA